UUUUGUGUCCCUGGUAUGAAAAAUUUUCUAUCACCCUCCCUACAGCUGCUACAGCUUCUGCUGGCUGUUGCCAAGGAAGGACAAUUUCAGAUUCAGAUGUCUAAAGAUGAAGGCAUGUUACCUGGACAAGGCCAGAAUGAAAGAGCAUUUCUUGAAUUACUUGGAGAGGGAAAAACAAAUAGUUCAGAGAAACGGUGGGGUGGAAUGGUGGUUGCUGGCAUAACAGGUGGAGCUGCGUUAGCACUCUCAGUUAUAUGUCUUCCUUUUGUAUCUCCUGCUUUAAGGAGGAUAUGUUUGCCUUACGUACCUGCAACAACAUCGCAAGUUGAUAAUGUUUUGAAAGCCUUGGGUGGUAGAUCUGGACGAAUAGUUGAUUUGGGUAGUGGUGAUGGUAGAAUUGUUCUAUCUGCUGCGCAAGCAGGGUUUUCUCCUGCUGAAGGUGUAGAAUUAAAUCCAUGGCUUGUUCUGUACUCAAAAAUUCAAGCUUUUAAAAAUGGUCUUACAACACAAACAGCCUUUCAUAGAAAAGAUUUGUGGAAAUUUAGUCUGAAGCCUUAUCCCAACAUAGUGAUAUUUGGAGUUGAAGAAAUGAUGGAAGAGCUAGAGUUGAAAUUGAAAAAAGAAGUUGAAGACGGCACACACAUUGUUGCUUGUCGUUUUCCAUUGCCAUCUUUGAAACCAGUGGCAACAAUAGGUUCUGGGCUAGAUACAGUAUGGCUGUAUAAGCACAAAUUAAACUAAAGAAACAUUAUCCACAUCAGGGUUUACAUGUUACUUUACUAUUUCCACAUGUAUGUUUUGUUUGUAUGCCCUAUUAUUAUUUUGAAUGAGUGCAUGAAUGAAUGAAUGAAUGAAUGAAUAAAUGAGUAAAUGUAAAGGA